CUGCGUGGGGAGCCGAGCGAGGCCGUGCGGCCCCACCAUGAUCAAGGCUAUCCUCAUCUUCAACAACCACGGCAAGCCGCGCCUCUCCAAGUUCUACCAGCGCUAUAGUGAAGAUACACAGCAACAAAUUAUCAGAGAAACUUUCCAUUUGGUAUCGAAACGUGAUGAAAAUGUUUGUAAUUUCCUAGAAGGAGGCUUAUUAAUAGGUGGAUCUGACAACAAGCUAAUUUAUCGACACUAUGCCACCUUGUAUUUUGUUUUCUGUGUGGAUUCUUCAGAAAGUGAACUUGGCAUUUUAGAUUUAAUACAAGUAUUUGUGGAAACACUAGACAAAUGUUUUGAAAAUGUCUGUGAGCUGGAUUUAAUUUUCCACGUAGACAAGGUUCAUAAUAUAUUGGCUGAAAUGGUGAUGGGUGGAAUGGUUUUGGAGACCAACAUGAAUGAAAUUGUCACUCAGAUUGAUGCACAGAAUAAACUGGAGAAAUCUGAGGCUGGUUUAGCAGGAGCUCCGGCCCGGGCUGUUUCUGCUGUGAAGAAUAUGAACUUGCCAGAGAUCCCAAGAAAUAUUAAUAUUGGUGACAUCAGUAUAAAAGUGCCAAAUCUGCCCUCUUUUAAAUAACAUGGCUACUCCAGGUAAAAAAUGUAGUAGAGGUUUACCACAUAAUUGUUUACUAAAUAAAUGACAUGUCUAACUUUUGCUAUUUGGAUAAAACUCAAGGUACUGUAUAGAUACCAUGUGAAAAAUCUGUGUGGAGUUGAAUGUUGCUUUCGUCUUGCUCAGUGAAAUUAAAGGAAAUGGGUAGUUCCCGCGUGAUUCCUAAAUUACAUUCCUAUGCCCCUGUAAGGCAUAUCACUGUGUCUCGGCUGCUACAGUAUUUUGGGGAAGUAUUUAAGAUGUUCUUUACUUUGUAUAACCUACAAUGUUGAGGUUUUUGUAUAUUCACUAAGGUCUAUAGUUAGUGCAUUCCUUAACUACUUCUGCUGUUAUGAUUAUUUAAGAUUCAAGCGCAAAUGUUGCAUGAAAACUUUAAACGUUUUUGUUCUGUCUGAAUAAAAUGAUUACAAACUUGACUUCUAUAUACCUGUUUGUCUGAAAUCUGCUCUUUGCAAUAAAUCACUUUUUGCUA